UAAAUCUUCUGCUCGAUAUUAGAAAGAAAAACAAAAUAAAAGCAGCAGAACCAAAACUAAGAUUUCUUUACAGAUGUCAAACAGCAGGCCAGAACAUCCAGCAGCUGAAGACGAGGACCAGAAAUGGACAAACGUCAAAGCCGCUUAUCCAGAUCUUCUCAGCAUGUCGGAUUCUGAUUCAGACGAGGUGGAAACAGACGGAGAACCUGAGAGCGAGACUGAGAGCGACUCAGAAACCGAGACGCGAAUCCCUCGGUCCACUCCAGAUCUCAGCUCUGCCAGCACCCACAGAGAAGAACCUGGUGCUCAAACCCAGCCUGAAACUGAUGGAGAUCUCCACAUACAUGCUGUCCUAAAGUGCGGCUGUGAUGUCAUGACCUGUCAGUUUAGUAACGAUGGGACUCUGCUGGCUGUCGGACUCUCUGAUGGCUCCAUCAAGGUGUACAGCAUCGAGCAAGGUGAGCUGGUCCAGACUCUGAGAGACAGAGAAGGCGUCGUUUUAUCCCUGCCAGUCACCGGUUUACGCUUCGUACACACCGGGCAAACACACUGCACCCUGCUGGCCAGCUAUGCCAGGGGGAUGGUACGGUGUUGGUACUUGUGGGGUGGGCAGUGUGUGUGGUGGCAGAAAGAAACGACAGAUGACGGAGCAGGAGAAAGAGAGGCGCAGCGCCAAACCCUCUCCUUAUCUGUCUCACCCUCCGAGGACCGAGCACUCACCGGCGGCUCAGAUUCAGCCAUCCAUCUGUACGAUCUCAACACUCACCAGAGACUGCAGAUCUUCACGGCCAGCUCGAGCAAGACUGUGAUGGAUGGUCACUGCCUUCGAGUCUUUUCCGUGACCUUUCAUCCUGACAGAGAGACACAGUUCAUAUCAGGAGGAUGGGACAGCACUGUUCAGUUUUGGGACACCAGGCAGCAGCACUCAGUCAGAAUGUUGUCCGGGCCACAUGUGUGUGGUGACGCCCUUCACAUCCACCCAUCAGACAAUCAGAUUCUGUCUGGUUCCUGGAGAAAAAACAACACACUGGAGGUGUGGGAUUAUGAUUCAGGUAAAAAAGUAGCAGAUGUUCCACCAGACCCUCAUGGGGAGAGCAGAAUCUACACGUGUCAGUGGUUCGAUCAGGAUCGCAUCAUAGCUGCAGGAGGUCACAUCAACAUGCUGAGGAUCAUCAAUCGCCACAGUCUGACGACGGAGUCGAAGUUGUUCGGUCUGUCCUCUGCCGUAUUCAGCUCCUCUACCUGUCCUGCUGGGAAAUGGGCGGGGCUUAUAGCAGCCACAUCAGGAGACAGAGUGUUCCUAUUGGACAGAAAGAAGAAACGGCCCCAAUGAGAACCUCACAGAUACACAGUAAUCUCUUUGUGUAGGAGGAGCAACUAACAGAGGUCGUCAGAGUGCACAGGGAAUUUCUGCAUACCAAACUGGGCCAGAACAAAAAGGAGGAAAAGAAAAAACACUUAAUUUUAAACAUGUGUAAUACGAUAUAUAUAUAUAUAUAUAUAUAUGAUCUGUUUUUAUUGCUGUUAUAAACUGUAUGAUUCUCUCACGAUUACAGGCUCUGAGUGUAGUGUGUAGGUUCUGACUUUAUUUCUUCACCACCCAUAAAAAAAUUCCUCUCUUUCUAUUUCAUUAAUUUUUCUUCUUUUUUUUCUUCACAUGGCUGAAAUAAAGAACGUCGUUGGAUGUGGUA